AAGAGACGUUAGAUAUUUAGUAUUUGAGUGAACUACUGUAAGAAUAGUCGUAUUAUUCAUUUGAAUUAAGAAUGUUAAAGGUAUGCGCUAAAAUCGUUUUACCGUUACUGUUGUGGUCAAGUAUUUCAACAACUGAGGCGGUAAUACGGCCGGGUUCAUCAUUAAGCAUAUUGAGUGGUGAAGGAUUUAUUGCAUAUCUAGAAGUACCGAAAGGUUUUGGCGAAAUUAAAAAUUGUUGGUUCAAAUUUCGAGAUUACGAGAAAGUGCGAAUUGAAUUAAAUGCAUCUGAACCGAUUAAAACAGAACGCAACGAAUACAUUCUUCCGUAUACCGAACAUUUGUGUGGUAUAAGAGUUUCGGAUGUUUCAGCUUCUUCGGCUGCCAUUUGGACACUAGAAACGGAAAGUGUGCAUGGUGAUACCGAACAAGAUUCAAUAACAAUAAAAAUUCUGCCACCUCAGAAAACUAAUUUUGACACUCGAGUGCAAUUAGAAAUCGGCAAAUCCACUGUAAAAUGUUCCAAACAUGAAUCGUACACGAGACACUGUAAAAUAGUUGAUAUUUAUAAUGGAGGGACACAUCAUCAAUGUGAGUUGUAUACGUCUAUUCAUCCAAACAGCAUGUUUGAGUGUUUCAUGUACAAUUGGGGUCGUAUGGAAGAAAGUCGAGAACGCAUUUUUGUGGACAUUAAAAAUAGCACUCUAUACACUAAUGCAACACAAGAAGAUCAAAAUAGUGCGGAAAUUUUGGGCUGCGAAUUCCAAGACAAGGUAUUUUCGUGUCAAGCUGAAAUGCCGAAUCAUAAAAACGAAUUAUUAAUAAUGGAUGGAGUAUACAAUGGCCGCUACUCUGCAUACAAUACAGUCACUUCUAAAUCAAGAUGCUAUUUGGAGAUUCCAAAGCCGUUCAAAGAAGGCGAUAUAGGUUUGUGGCGUAUAAUAAAUUAUGAGUCCAGCACACCAACCGGUUGUCUUUUCUAUAUUGGUAAGAAUAAGCAAGAUAUUAUUCUGUCGGAGCUUUCUAAAUUGGAUGAUAUUAAAAGAGUUAAUGUUUACGAGCCCGAAGCAACUGAGGGAAAAAUCGAUGAAAUGUCCUGUUCGCUACCAUUUAUCAUCUACGAUUGCUAUUUAAAAAGUCCCAAUAAUACCAUAUAUUUUCCUGAUGGCAUUCGCUUUGAGCGGCAGCGUUUUUACGGCAAGUGUGCUUUUUACAAUCUACCCAUUAUAGCCGGAAUUUGGACAUGUGGUUCUCGUGGCCGAGAUUAUGACAAGGAAGUUAUUCAAAAUAUAGAGGUUGUAGUGAAGUCAAAAUUUGGAGAAACUUUAACGGAACAACUAAAAGCUAAACGAGGCGACACAGUGGAGCUAAUGUGUAAAAGUCCUUUUGACGAGCCGAUUUCUCAUUGUGCCUUUAUUGAUCCACAAGGUGGAGUUCAUUUGGUUGGCACGACUAACAGCAUAAAGUCUAAAGGGCAUGUUAAAUAUUAUGGUCGUGGAAUAAAUCAAGGUGAAUGCGGUAUAAAAAUCACUGAGAUCAAUCGCGAUGACUUUGGUCAAUGGAAAUGUCAAUUUAUUAUAUAUUCUGGAAGAUUGCAGUCAUCAUUUGUAAUGGAACUGAAGGAAUCGGAAUCUGCUUAUGCUACAUCCGUUGGUCUUGGUGUUGGACUAACAGUUAUUAUAGUCUUAAUAUUAGGUGUUGUAAUUGGAACGAUAUUCUAUCGUAGAAGAAAUUUAAGUUCACGUCAUAAUUUUGCCUCCGGCGACCCAUUAGAACUACAAGCACGAUCCGUAACACCGUCAUAAAAUUUAACUGAUUAAUAGCAAUACACAUUUAUAGAGUGACAGCCUAUUAUAUGAAAAAUAAUACUGUUUUGAAAUCUUGCUAAAUUCGGAUGGACAUAUUAUAUAGUGCCUGUAAUUUUAACAAAUAAGUAUUAUUUUAUAUGAAAUCACUACGCCAGCUAUGGGGUAAAAAAGUUUUUAAUUUUAUUCCGUAGAUAUUGAUUUGAAAUUAAUGUCAAUUUACCUAUUAGGUAAAUAUUUAUAUCUACUAUAUAUAUUUUGCACUGCAGAUAUCUAUUUGUUAAAGUCACAGGUAUAAUUCUAAGGGUCCUAAACAUUUACAUAUACGAAAAUUAAAUUUAUUUGAAAACCAUGAAAUUCCUGCCAAUUUAAUAUAAGUAUUUUAUACAUAAUAUUGUUACGUUUUAACCUUUUCAAAACGUUUGUUUAUUUCCUUUAAAUA